CGAUCGGGAGGCCGCCGGAGUCGGGCAAGUAGGGCCGCUGGGCGCACGGGGCGGGCGGCGAGCGGAGCCGGCCGAAGCGGGCCGUGCAGCGGCCGCCGCCGUCCCGGAGCGCGGGGGCGGUGCGGGCAGGCAGGAGGAUGGAGCUGAAUUCCCUGCUGAUCCUGCUGGAGGCGGCCGAGUACCUGGAGCGCAGGGACCGAGAGGCCGAGCACGGCUACGCGUCGGUGCUGCCCUUCGACGGCGACUUCGCCAGGAAGAAAACAAAGGCUGCCGGCCUGGUGCGCAAGGCCCCGAACAACAGGUCUUCACACAAUGAGCUAGAGAAGCACAGACGAGCCAAACUCAGGCUGUACCUGGAACAGCUCAAGCAGCUGGUGCCCCCGGGCCCUGACAGCGCCCGCCACACCACCCUGAGCCUGCUGAAGCGUGCCAGGAUGCACAUCAAGAAACUAGAGGAGCAGGACCGCCGGGCUCUGAGCAUCAAGGAGCAGCUGCAGCGGGAACACCGCUUCCUGAAGCGGCGUCUGGAGCAGCUGUCGGUGCAGAGCCUGGAGCGAGUGCGCACGGACAGCACGGGCUCCGCGGUCUCCACCGACGACUCAGAGCAAGAAGUGGAUGUAGAGGGCAUGGAGUUUGGCCCCGGCGAGCUGGACAGUGUUGGUAGCAGCAGUGACGUGGAUGACCACUACAGCCUGCAGAGUGGUGGCUGCAGCGACAGUGGCUAUGGGCUACCCUGCCGGCGACCUGGCCACCCUGGCCUCUUGUAGGCCCGGCGCCCUCUGCUCCUUGGCCUCCCUGCCCACCUGGCCAAGUAUGUUGACCCUCCAGUCCUCGCACGCCUUUCCACGGGCCUGCUGCUGUGCCAUUCUGGAAGCUCCAGCUGCCCGCCUCCACCUGCCUGCUGGUCAGGGCUGCUGUGCCGCCCAACCCUCCCAGCUGGGCAGGGACCCCUGCAGGGAGGUAGGGCCCAGCUCCCUCGCCCGGAGCCCAGCAUAGCCGCCCACCGUCUGUUCUCAGAUUCCUAAUCAUUCCAGAAGUAUUAAAUAUCAUUGCUGCAAAUCUC